GCUCAACCGACGAGCACCCCUUACUACAGCAAAACGCUCUGAUAACGACUUGUGAAGAUUUCCAGCUUAGUUUUGGUCCUUAAUCGACUGUUUUGGGGCCUCCUUGGGGCACUAACACUGCUAUUUCCCUCAAUAAUCCAAGCUGCCUUCCUCGAGUCCCCGCUACUACAUCUCGAAGACCUUCAACCGUCCAUACCUCUAGAAGGUGCUUUCUAUCUUAGAAAGGACGCGAGUUCCUGGCCUCUAGUCUCUGUGCCUCAUAAUGUCUUCCUCCUCUCCACCUAAGAGCGACAAAAUGUCCUCGCUGUCUGAACGCGGCCAGAGUAAAUUUGAGGCAACUGCGAACCGCAUCAUGGCAGUUCUCAUGCCCCUAGUUCAAGCCGGCGCUGCUGGCUACGCAACCUAUGUCGUCGUUGUUCUCAUAUGCAUCAAAUACCUUCUCAGCCCUUCCUCAGACCUACAAGACGCCGACAUCGAACCUAGAAGACGUACCGCCAUUGCGCUCCUAGUCAUCUACUUCAUACUCAUGGCCGUCAUGGCCAUCACUUUCCUACGACUCAUACAAGUUAUCUGGUCGAACCCCGGAUACGUUCCCUUCGCCGACCCGGAUCCUGAGAAAGGAACCGUUUCUACGAAAGACUUUGAUCGGUUAGACGCGUAUAUCUCCGAUUACGAAGGGAACCCACUCUGGUGUCGCACAUGCAACAACUGGAAACCAGACCGAACGCAUCACUCCUCCGCUCUAGGACGUUGUGUUCGUCGCAUGGAUCAUUUCUGCCCCUAUGCCGGUGGUAUCAUCUCCGAAACUUCACACAAAUUCUUCACGCAAUUCCUCUUGUACGGUGCCCUAUACACUGGCUAUGUCAUGAUUCUCAUGGCCGUAUUCCUCGCUGAGCGAAACCAUAAACUUCACUCUACUCCUGCAACCUGGAUCGUUGCACUCGCACUGGCCGCCCUUUUCUUCCUCUUCUCCUUUGGCAUGUUCCUCACCACCGUCUACAAUCUUGCCAAAAACUUCACCACCAUCGAAGCCGCAAACCGCCCAUAUCAAACUUACAACAUCGCUUUGCUGGGCGAAAUACGACGCGUCUCAGACCGGCCCUCCGCCUCAAACUCUGCUAUCCUGUCCACAAACCAACGAAGCCAAACGCGCUGCUACAUCGUCCUACAGACUAGACCAGGCGAAAAUCCAUGGGACUUGGGUGUCCUGGACAACAUCAAGUCAAUAAUGGGGACCUCGGUGAUCGACUGGUUUAUACCGCUAAAAAUGAGCCCAUGUACGAGCCACACUGGCGACGUAGGGCAUUUCGAAUGGGGCUGGGUUGUUCAGCGCCUCAUGGACGAAUAUGAGGCUGGGUCCUCAUUUGGAGGAUCGAGGAGGUCGAGACGAAGCAGGGGCUCCCGGAGUGAGCCUAGUAGGGUUACUCGAAGUACGCCUUCACGGGCAUAAUUUUAGACUGGUGUUUUUGGUUUGGGUUUGGGAUCCCAUUGACCUCUUAUGCAUUUUCAUGAUACCCUAGAGUUUCUUCUCCUAAGCAUACCCUAAACCGAGUAUUAUUA